AUGUCGGCGUCCGUGAACAUUCGACACUUUGCUACGACGGAUAUUAUAGUCAGCAUAACCACCGGACGGCCUAUGUUUUUCCGAUACGAUACAUCUUAUUCACCGCAAAUCCUGGAAAUGAUCAAGGACGGUCGUUAUGGGAUGCAGUGGCUGCACGGCAUAGCAGACCAGUACAUCGUCAUAUUGGCCCAUAUCAACGUCUUGUUUGAGGAAUUUGGAACCAAAGCGGGUACGGAACAUGUUGCCGAAAUCGAGAAUCAGAUCAGCGAGGUUGGGUCUUUUACUGAGCGCUCCGCCGACCCGGUCUCUACGGUUUGGAGGUACACCGUUCGAGAGUGCUGGAAGAUGACUAUGUACAUCUAUCUCUACAUGGUUUUGUGUGGGGCGAGCACCGUUGACUCUCGAGUUCUUCCUCGGGUCAAAUCCUUUACUCGUCUAAUUGACGCUGUGACCCCAGGUCGUAACCCAGAUUCAUUCUUAUAUAUCCCCAUGAUCAUCGUCGGAGCCUCGUCGUACAGACAACGAGACCGGGCGGUGAUCCAACGACGCAUGUUCGGUCUACAAGAGUGUCUCAAUCCUGGUAGUUGUGGGUACGAUGCGAUGAAUAUGUUGAUCGACGUCUGGAGGCGGACCGAGGCUGAGAACCGACCAGCGAUGAUUGCUACGGCGGAUGCUCGUAAUUCGUUGUUGGCCAAGAAGAGUGCCGAGAAGGAGGCCUCGGCAUUAAAUCGAGAGCGACUAAUUCGGGAAUUGCUGAGGGUUACAGAAUGGAGAUCCAAAUCUGGCGUUGGGGCGUUCCCUCGUACAGGCGGCCAGGAAUCCGUUCCAGAUGAACUGCUGCAGUAUUAUCUGACCCCGUUCCCCGAUGGAACCUUUCCCUCGGCACUUGACCUUAUUACUCGACACCUGGAAUCCACUCCCGAGCCAGAACCAGAGCCGCUGAAAGAGCCACAGCCAGAUUCAGAACUAGCGCCCGAAUCCGAACCCGAGACCGCAUUGGAGCCUGAAGCUGAAACUGAGCCGGUGGUUGACCCCAGCACACCCAUGGUCAAGACGGAAGAGGAUGAUGCGAUUAUGAAUGACUCCGAAGAGGCAGGUGUUUAUCCUGUUGUUCCUGCGCCUCAAGAACAGGAUGAGGAUGUGGAGAUGCAACCGCCGGCAGAAACUCCCAGUACUACGGCUACCGCGACCGCUACGGCUGAAGCCACCCCCGAUCCGUUACCAUUCGCUCCUGAGCCAGCCCCGGCUGCACGAGUUCACGAACCAAUUCAGCCGGUACCAACUGCAGCUCAUGCUCCGGUCCAGGUACCACCUAUACUGACCCAACUACCAUCCGAGCCAGUAGCAGCAUCACCAGUAGCGAUGGUCGAAUCUGCGGAAGAGUCGAAUCCAAACCUGGAGUCUACUCCUGCGAGGCCAAAAUUCGACCCUUCGCGGCCGCUUCAUACUCAACCGCCACUUGCCCCGCCUCCUCCAGACGAGAGGAUUCCAACUCUUGCCACGCUCAAAGAUCUCAUGUUCUCAUCCUCGUCCACAAACGAACCCGAGCCGACCAUUAACCCAUCAGCUCUCUCCAUUCGCCAAUCCCCAACGACCCCAACAGCCAAAACCAACCCAUCUGCAAAGUCGCUUGCCAAUCCUUAUGCCGCCUCGCUACCCCCUCUUCCGCCUUUGCCAGCUGACUUGGCGAGAAAGGUAGCAGGCGUCAAGGUGCGAAGACAGCGAGUACAACAGACCAACGGGGUGAAUUGGGGAGGGAGCGGAAUUUGGGCCGGGCAACACCAACAGCAGCAACAACAAGCUGGGGCUGGAAGCGGCUUGGGACCCGGAGGCGCAGGUGCGCAAGGGUGGUGGGCUAGCGUCAAUGUGGGCCAAGCACCCGCUCCCGGCCAGACGCACGCUCCUCAGACUGGGAUGGAACUUUUGAGGUGGCAGGCGAUCCUGCAAAUCAAUCCCGCACAUGUGUUUGCGAGAAGACCUACCAAGUGUGUAACGACGCACGAGUGGAGGGUGUUGCGCCACGAGCUUGAAUAUACUCGGGCAAUGCAGCGAAUUGAACAACUGAAGCAAGAUGGGAUGUGGAGCUUUAGGCAACCGAAGAAGCAGAGGGGCCCACCACUUCCCAAGACGCAUUGGGAUUAUCUCAUGGACGAGAUGAAAUGGCUCCAAAUUGAUUACCGAGAAGAACGCCGAUGGAAAACGGUAAUCGCUUUCGAGCUCGCCCAUGCCGCUCGAGAAUGGCACGAGGCAAGUCCCGAAGAGAGGAAGGAAAUGUGCGUUGGAUUCCGCAAGACCGACUAUCUGACGAAUGAAGAGCCGGGUGAAAAUGAGGAUGUUGAAAUGGAUGGAGGGAAGGGAGGUCUAGAGGUGCAGGCGGAGGGAGAAGGAGAAGCAGCGGAGGACGAUGUUGAGAUGACCGAACGAGUGGGAUCAGACGGAAAGGCGGCCGAACUACGGUCUGAACCCGAAAAUGAGGAUGAACCCGAGGAUAAGCAGGAGCCACACACUGGGGGGAUGGAUCCAAGGGAGGAUGUUAUGGGUGCCGAUGACGAUGCAGCGGUAAUCGAGGAGUCGAAGGAGCCGGAGAAAGAAAAAGAUGGGGACCAGGAGCCCGGGAUGAUGGCCCAGGACGACGCACCUGGCGUAUUAACCAAGGAUGAACCAACUGUUCCACCGUCUAAAGAAUACUCGCCAGCCAAAGAUCCCGAUCUCCCAGACGACGAUGCAGAUGGCGAAGAUGACCCUAGUCUACUGGCCAAAAAUGCCCUUAGGCCCGACGCGGAAGGUGCUGAAGCCACUUUGGCUGACUUGGAAUACAUCGAUUCUGUUCGGGAAGAGCUCGUCCAGCUCGCCACCGCACCCUCGCUCCUAACUUCUUUCGCGCUCCCUCCUCUUCCUGCCCCCGCCUCGACAAAAACCAAGCCAGACAGCAUCGACAUCCUGGCUGAACUCUUCCCUGACCUUUCGCUCUACACCGGUAUCUCCGAUUCGAUUGACUCCGACCCGGCAAAACAAGAAAAACGCCCAGACGAAUCAAUGACGAGCGUUGCGUCCGGAAAGCUCGCGCAUGCCUCCCGAUUAAUGGAUAUCAAACCUGUUCUAGUGGGGGCCCUCGAUCCUGCGCGACACUUGUUCAAGAAUCGAUGGAUUGGACUUGAUGAGGUUCCAGCUGUGGAGGAUCCGAGGGACGUAGGCACUGUAAGGCAAGACACGCUAUUCAAUGGGAAUUACCUGUUCGCAGCCGACAAAAAACCCGAGGAGAAAGCCUUGCGAAGGAGACCUGAUAGCGGAAUGACCCACCCCGUUCCAGCGCAUGUUCCCCCUGCACCACGGGACGCACAAGCUCGUUUGGAACGUGUGGUAUGGACACCCGAAGACGAUCAGCUCUUGAAAUCCAUUUGUGACGCCUAUCCGAAUAGCUGGUCCCUUACUGCCGACUUGUUUAACUCUUCCCGAGUGACUAUUAAACCCGACUCCCGGACCCCCUGGGACUGCUAUGAUCGCUACACCAAAAUGUUUGGAGGUGGGACGGCUGGCGGGGACGAAAAGCCACAAGGCCAAGGACCUGUGGAAAUUGCGCUACCCUCGCCUGGUGGGACGAUCCGCAAGGAUUCCAAGCCUCCGGUGGUGGAUUCCAAGGGUAAAAAAGUGUUCGAAAACAAGAAACAAGUUCGGCAACAUUAUUUGUAUGAUACGUUGCGCAAGGUAGUCAGGAAGCGGGAGAAUGCGAACAAGGCUAACCAACCACCCAAACGAACGAUCCCGCCUCCGCACGAGACACAUUCUCAGCUCUCAAACGGGCAAAGAAUAUAUACGCCUGCCGAGUUGUCGAAGCUCAAGGCUGAGAGGGAUGCGAGACACUAUGCGGAGAUGAUCAAGCGAAGGCAGGAGAUUUACCAGCAGGCUGUGGCAGCCGGACGGCCAGUCCCACGAAUGCCACCGGGUCUAGUUAAUAUCCCUAUUCGGAGCGCUCAGAUGAAUGCACACGUUCAAAUGCAGCUUCAGCAGCAACAGGUUCAAGCCCAGGUUCAGCAAACCCAAGCUCAACAGUCACCACCAAAUCCACAGGCCCAGCCGCAAAUAGCUCAACCCCAAACACAACCGAUAUCUCAACCACAAGUGCCACCUCAAGCUCAACAACCUCAAAUCACUCCUGGACAACCGCAACCUCAAGCUUCAGGCUUUGUGCAGCGCGCGCAACUUGCCCAACCAACACAACAGCAAAUGUCCCCUCCCAACGGACAAGUCCAGCCGCCUCGACCCCAACCACAACAACAAGCCAUGAGCCAUUUGUUGCGACAGCAAAUGCAUAUGAUACCUGGAGCUGGAAUGCAGAACGGCAUGUUUGUGAACCGAGCGCAGAUGGGGCCUGAGCAAGUAAAUCAGUUGCUAUUGCAACAAGCAGCGAGGGCGUUACAGAAUCAACAGCAGCAAGCAACAACGACCACCCAGACCCAAAUCGCUGCACAGCCACAGAUUCAAGUGCCAAGUAUCCAAUCGGCUCCAACCGUCGCACCAACGCCUGGCCCCAUCCCGACCGCUACUGGGGACGGAGAUGACCCCCAGCAAAAGGUCACCCGCAUUACUCGGGCUUUCAAAGAUAAUGGACCUAUACCUGAUGGGGAAUUUAUCACCUCUGCCAUCAUAUGUAAUAUCGGCAAGACGGCUGACGCUCAAAACUUGCCAGUUAACGCCACUGCAGCAGUUCCUGCUGGAACGACUGUCCAAUUUCUCCGGACUGACUGGCAGUCUGAUCAUCCGGGUCCAAUAAUGACAUACCUUGCUAAGUGCCCCGGCUCUUGCUCGGCCUUCAAGGCUGAUUCUGGGAACAUCUGGGUCAAGGAGGAUGGAUAUGAUGCGGUAAGUGACCGACAGCUCUACGGGGGCCCCAAAAACCCGGGAGCGCUCUGGAGUGCUCCGGUUUUGGGAACCUCCUCGUUAGGAUCCGACGAAUCCGGAUUGCUCGGCGAGGACUUGAGAGCACUCCACGAGCCCUUCCGAGCGUCAUACCAAACGCUCCCGAAUGCUCGCUGA